UCGGACUCGGACAGUUUGUGACUGGAAGCGCGCCAGUUCACUUCUUUUUUAUGUAUUAUAAAUGUCUUUGCGGAUUACGUGAUUAGACACAUGACCGCGUACCAGAAAUAAUAAUUAACAGUAACGAUGUUUCUAUUGUCCGAUAGAUAGUCCGACUCAGUUUUAUAAAUAAAAUAAAAAGCAUUAGUUAAAUGUGUGGUUGGUUGUAUUAUAUAUGUGAAAAUAGGUGAAUUGAAGUACAACCAUUUUGUUGGAUAUGCGGAAGCAUCAAUUUAUACUCGGGUAGAUAAAUAUUUAAUAUGAAUAAAUUGAAUGUAAUUGAGAGCGUACAAAGGUCGGAAUUUAGUGAUGAAAAAGUUUUAUGAAGAUCACGAUAAUAAAUAAUAGUGUGUGUUGUAGGUUCAGUAGCGAACGCUAGCAGUUGCUGGUGCUGGUGCUAGUGGUGGUGGUGGUGGUGGUGGGUAUAAAGCUCUACCCACAUCGUCCACGACGGUGUGUUGGUUGUAUUCCUAUUGGGAGGUUAAGAGAGUGUGUGGUGAGUAGACUGCUGUGUACGGACGUGAAUUUUACUCACGUUUGUUUAAUCAUAUAUAUAUAUAUAGUGUGUAUAUAUAUGUAUGUGAAUGUAGAUGUAGAUGUACCUGUACAUGUAAAAGAUCCAGUGUAUGAAUCGUAAAAGGAAAGAUCGGAGAGAAGAGGAUCGGAUCACGUGCUGAUGGAUGAUAGGAGGUGAUAAGAACUGACGUAUUGGAGCAAUAAUAAGUAUAAGUUUUGAAUAAAGAAGGAGAAUUGAUUAUGGUGAGGGCCGAUGAUUGUGGCAGCAUAAAAAGCUCAUUGAGUGUGUGAGUGAGUGGAGAGUGCGCACGGCGCAAUAUGGAGGAGAGUCAGCUGUUGAUGACCGAACUACCAGCGUUGACGACGGGAGGAACGCGUGGUGGUGCUCUGCUCCACAGGUCUGGUCAUAUUUAUCACCUGUAUCAGCCGCACCUGGCACUGACGACACCUCAGCAUCAGUCACGGCAAAACACCGUGAGUGUCCCCAAUUACAUGAAUGGAGGUGCUACUAAUUUAAGCAAGUACAAGCACGGCGGUGUUGUACGACGUAAAACUGCGGAGGAAAGGAACGAGGACGCCGCGCCCACAAGCACCCAUGUAUCAUGUCUCUAUCCGGAAAUAUUGGCCCUUAUAUUUAGCUAUUUGAAUGUAAGGGACAAAGGCCGGUCCGCUCAGGUAUGCGUCGCCUGGAGAGAUGCCGCUUACCACCGUUCGGUUUGGAGAGGGGUUGAGGCCCGUCUGCACCUAAGGAAACCGUCCUCUGUAGUUUUUGCAAGCUUGGUGAGGAGGGGAGUAAAGAGGGUACAAGUGCUCUCUUUGAAAAAAGGCCUCGGGGACGUUAUUAGAUCCAUACCCAAUCUCGAGUCUUUAAAUCUUUCGGGCUGCUAUAACAUAACUGACCAGGGCCUUAACACCGCCAUCUGCAACAACAUCGUUACCUCGCUCACCAGGUUAAAUUUGUCUCUCUGUAAACAAGUUAGCGAUCAGUCGCUACACAAAAUAUCUCAGAACAUACCAAAUCUCGAGUCUCUCGAGCUGGGCGGAUGCUGCAACGUUACCAACAACGGGCUCGGGUACGUCGCCUGGGGACUCAAGAAGCUCAAGAUCCUCGACCUGAGGAGCUGCUGGCACGUCUCCGACCAAGGGAUCGCCUACCUCGCGGGAAUAACCUCCAGCGAAACUCCCGGCAGCAGUCUGACGUUGGAACACCUGGGGCUGCAAGACUGCCAGAGACUCAGCGACGAGGCACUCAGGCAUCUCUCCACGGGGAUAGUCACCCUCAAGUCCAUAAACUUGUCCUUCUGCGUCUCCAUCACCGAUUCGGGGUUGAAGCACCUCGCCAAGAUGACCAGUCUCCGGGAGCUGAACCUCAGGUCCUGUGACAACAUAUCGGACAUCGGGAUGGCGUACCUCGCAGAAGGCGGCAGCAGGAUAUCCUCCCUCGACGUCUCCUUCUGCGACAAGAUCGGCGACCAAGCGCUGGUCUACAUCUCACAGGGUCUUUUUAAUUUAAAAUCUCUCUCGCUGUCGGCGUGCCAAGUCAGCGACGAGGGAAUUUGUAAAAUAGCCGAGACACUUCUCGAACUGAGCACUCUCAACGUCGGGCAGUGCACCAGGAUAACCGACAAGGGUAUCUGUACAGUAGCUAAAAAUAUGAAAAACUUGACGUGCAUUGAUCUCUACGGCUGCACCGGAAUAUCAACAAGUGGAUUACAGAAGAUUAUGAAAUUACCCCAGAUCACAACCAUUAAUCUGGGAUUAUGGCACGUGCGGUGAUGAGUGCAUUGGAUUUUUUAUAGUGUUUAUAAAAUAAUAACUAUCAUUUUUAACUAUUAAUUGUUUUUCUUUUUUAGCACGAUACAUGUUGUCGUAACGAUAAGAGUUAAUUAUUAUUACUAUUAUUAUUAUUAUUAUUAUUACUAUUACAUUUAUCAUCAUUAUUAUUAUUAUUAACUAUUGCUAUUAUUAAUUAAUAAUUAUAAAUAAUUGAUAAUCGAAUUUUUUACACUUUGAAAUCAGGCUGAAUUAGAUAUUAAAUUUUUUAAAUCAUUUUUUUCCUUCACUGAACUUUUAAUUUCACUUUUUAUUUUUCUUUAUUAUUAUUAUUACUAUUAUAAUAAUUAUGUAAUUAUUAAUUCUUUUCGUUUUCUGUGAUGUGAAGAAGUUAUUUUUGUUGCAAGUUCGUCGUAUAUGGUAAUGAAAAAAAUAAUAAAAGAAAAGACGUAAAAAAAGGAAGAAGAAAAUAAAUUUAAAUUUAAAUAAAAAUAAACGAUGACAUAAAAGAAUAAUUAUAUGCAAAUGAUAAAAAAAAAGUUAUUUGUGGUGACUUGAAUAUAAUAAUUUUGAGGCGUUUUUUAUUUUUCAGAUACGAUCGAUAAACAUUAAUUGUUGAUUAAUUGUAUUAUAGUGUGUUGCGUAUGAGAGCGAUGAUAAUGUUGUUCAGUUUUGUUUUAUCAGGCUAAUUAGCAACAAUUGAAUUUAUUAAUCCUCGAUGGUGGCUUUAAGACCAUCGGAUCGGUUGUUACUUAAUUCAUUUAUUAUUAAUUGCAUUUGGCCUCUUUUAUAGAUGAAUUUGUACAUUUUAUUAAUACAAUUAUUAAAAAACAAAGUGAAAAAGAGAUGGUAGAAAAAAAUUACAGAGGAAAAUUUACCGAGACAAAUUUUUUGUACUAAAAAAUAUAUUAAGAGUCGAAUGUUCGUGUGGGUGCAAGAUGACGAAUUAAAAUAAAUAAAUGACGAUUUUAUAUAUAUAUAUAUAUAUAUAUAUAUAUAUAUAUAUA